CCCUGCCGCCGCCAUCUUUGUUGUGGGCAGCGGGCCCGGCUCCGAGAUGCCGAAGUCGUGCGCGGCCCGGCAGUGCUGCAACCGCUACAGCAACCGCAGGAAGCAGCUCACCUUCCACCGGUUCCCCUUCAGCCGGCCCGAGCUGCUGAGGGAGUGGGUCCUGAACCUCGGCAGGGCCGACUUCAAGCCCAAGCAGCACACGGUGAUCUGCUCGGAGCACUUCCGACCCGAGUGCUUCAGCGCCUUCGGCAACCGCAAGAACCUCAAGCACAAUGCCGUGCCCACCGUGUUCGCCCCCCGGGACCGGGCGCAGCUGGCGGGGGUCAGCACGGAGCCCGCGGGCGAGUGUGGAGACGGGAACGCCGCGGCGGGAGAGGUCCGCCCGGAGGCGGGGGCUGGGAGGAGCAUGGAGGCCGCCCCGGGGGAGCACCCCUCGCCCGGGGGCCCCGAAGACCCCUCGAGGCAGGUUUUGCCCCCGAGCCUGGCGGCCCCCGAGCCUGCAGGGCGGAAGAGGCCGCCCCCCAAGUGGCCAUCUGACCACAGUUACGCCCUUCUGGACUUAGACACCCUGAAAAGAAAGCUCUUCCUCACCCUAAAGGAGAACGAGAAGCUCCGCAGGCGCCUCAGGGCCCAGAGGCUGGAGAUGCGGAGGCUGUCGAGCCGCCUCCGGGCCCCCGGGGAGGGGCGGCAGCCCGAGCCCGGACGCUGAGCCCCGCAGCGAGCGGCGGCUGGGGACACAGACAGCUUCUGGGCGCCGCCGCCGCCAUGGCCAAGCGGCUCAGAAAGGCGGGCGGGGCACCGGCGGCUCGGCAGACGCCCCACGCCAGGCCGCUCGGCACACGCCCCACGCCAGGCCGCGGCUCCGCUGGGCACCGGCCGCUCGGCACACGCCCCACGCCAGGCCGCGGCUCUGCUGGGCACCGGCUGCUCGGCACACGCCCCACGCCAGGCCGCGGCUCCCGCCCCACGCAGCACGCUGGGCGACUGUGGCGGGCACCCGGGCUCGAGGAGCUGGCCAGUGGUGUGGGCUCUUCCCCGUCCCGUCCGUGCCCCCCGCCAGGCUGCCUGCGGCUCCCCACAGCCACCGAGCAGGCUGUCCGCCCGUCACCAGCUCAGAUUUCUGCGUGAACACAGGAAUAAAGUACCCGUAAAACCCCAAAGGCAGUUCCCUCCCUGUAGCUUCUGCCUUGCCGCAGCUAAGACAUCUUUAGUGGGUGAUGACUGCCUUCGGCUACAAGAAGUAGUAAAUUUAAUAAAAGAGGAGUGUGGCCUGCCUACUAGCAAGUGUGAAGCCUAGAGUUCAAAUCCCAGUCCUUGGGGAAAAAAGCUGGGCACUGGUGGCUCACGCCUGUAGUCCUAGCUGCUCAGAAGGCUGAGAUUUGAGGAUCGCAAUUCAAAGCCAGCGUGAGCAGGCAAGUGUAUGAGGCUUUUCACUAAUCAGCCAGCAGAAAGCUGGCAAUGGCAGUCGCACAGCUCCAGUCCUGAGCUCAAGGACUGGGCCCAGGCACUGAAUUCAAGCCGCGGCACUGGCACAAACAACUGUAAGAACUGAAAGAUCCCAAAUCCUAACUGCUAACUGGCAGAGUGCGGGUCCAUUGCUCACCCGCGGAGGAAGGGGCGGGAGCCCUGGAGGUGCCACUCCUAAAGAUGCACACAGAGACCAGGUGGGACAGGUUUA